AUGCAGAGGUUCGAGUUGUAUCUUCACUGUCACCCUUUGUGUUCAACACUAAAAGGUAGGAUAGAUAUUANGGAGCGUUUACUAGCCGUGGCUGACAGGUAUGGAUUAUCUGGUGGGGACGUUUUGGACAACGUUGCCUAUGCGCGUGCCUACAACAGUGAUCAUCAGAGUCAGUUACUUCUACAGGCUUCUGCUAUGAUGGUGGAAUCUAGAUACGCACUACUAAUAGUCGACAGUGCGACCGCUCUGUACAGAACGGACUAUUCCGGAAGAGGAGAACUGUCGGCACGACAGAUGCACCUGGCAAGAUUUAUGCGGAUGUUGCUUCACUUGGCCGACGUGGUGAGUCAAUAACCAAAAAUAAUUUAUUUUCGUAAACUUCUUUUUAUUAAAUUCUUUCUGAUCAUGCAGAGGUUCGAGGUACAAAAUGCUUACCAAUCUUUGAACAUGAAUAUAUUUGAGUUAAAUACUGCUACAUAAAAAUACAACCCCACUCACAAUGAACUUUGUUCAUCAGUUAAACUUUCAAACAUUUACAUACAUAUUAAACAGGGUACUGUAAAUAAAUAAAUUCAUUCCAGACUAAAUAAACUAUCUGUUUCCUUUCCCUCUGCUCUGAAAGUGACGUUGACACAUUAAAUAAGCUAAUCGGUGAUGCAAUGCAUCACCGAUUAGCUUAUUUAAUGUGUCUUUCAGGUAGUAUUAGUUAAUUAAAAGAGCAAGUUUCUGAGCAGGUUGGUUGAUGAUCUACCCAAAGGAAAAAAGUUUUUCUCAAACUGUGAUUAGACAGGCACUCAUGGACGAUAGCAGACAUCCUUAGCUGACUUGGUUUGAUAAGUCUUUGCAUUCAGUUGUAACUUCACUGUCACCCUUUGUGUUCAACACUAAAAGGUAAAAUAGAUAUUAGGUACUCUGCAUUUAGGAAUUCUACCAUUAGAAUACAGCAAUUAACACUACAAAAUUCUCUAAAUUCUUGAAAACUGUUACAUUCUUAAUAAAAUCAAUUGCAACCCAUCAGACACUUCUAGAAUGGAUGUUGUUUUACAAAUUAAUUCCAGUUUAACUAACAUGCUGAUUCAACAACACGCGAGUGUGCAAUGGGUGACAAUUAAUGUUGAUGACAAUUUGUAACAGCAGGUCAGAGAAAUAUACUGUGGUUACAGCCAGUUAGUUAGUAAAUGUAUAGAAAAA